AUGGCAAGCGAACAGGACAUGAGCAACUGGACCGAUCUGCUUCACUCCUCCACUAAGCUUCUCGAACAAGCAGCUCCUUCUGCUCAGUUCCCUCCUCUUCAGAGAAACUUAGAUCAAUUAGAAGCAUUAUCAAAGAAACUCAAGGCUAAAACCAUAAGAACCGAGGCUCCUUCACAAUCUAUUGCUGCUACGAGGCUUCUUGCUCGUGAAGGAAUAAAUGCCGAGCAGCUUGCACGAGAUCUUAAAUCUUUUGAAUUGAAGACAACAUUCGAGGAUGUGUUUCCUGCCGAGGCUACUAGUGUUGAAGAGUAUCUACAACAGGUUCAUGAAAUGGCAAUUGUAUCAGCCAUCCAGGAAGCUCAGAAGGAUAACGUAAGAAGUUUUAAUGAUUACAUGAUGAAAGUUUUGGAGGAGGAUUGGCAAAAGGAAAGACGUGACUUUCUUCAGAGCUUGAGCCGAAUCUCAUCAUUACCCAGGACGAACAUAGUUGAUACAAGCACUGGGGGAACUCGUCCCGGUCAAUUAGCUUCUCUGACUUCCAGCCCCCAUGUUUCUUCUGGUUCAUCUGGCAUGGAAAUUGUAUCUUUAGCUAACAAACCCAUCGUGGAGAAAAAAGCUUUGGCCUAUGCUGAGGUUGUGAAGAAUCUGAAUCAUGCACGAGAGCAUGGAUCACAGUUUAAACCUGCAACAGCUUUUAAGGGUGCUUAUGAAAGCUUAGGUAUUGAAGUAUCUGGUGGAAAAUCUGUUAACAUGCAAAAGAUAUGGCACCUUGUUCAGACAUUGGUGGGUGAAAAUACAACCAUGCGACGGAGUGUUUCAAGAAAAAUGUCAUUAGUGAUUGGUGCAAGACACCAUCUUGAAUGGGGCCAUGAAAAAUACAUCAUGGAUACAAUACAAAAUCACCCUGCACAGGCUGCUCUUGGUGGAGCUGUUGGGAAUUUACAGAGAGUUCGUGCAUUUCUUCGGAUUCGAUUAAGGGAUUAUGGAGUUCUGGAUUUUGAUGCAGGCGAUACUCGUCGGCAGCCUCCUGUCGAUACUACUUGGCAGCAGAUCUACUUUUGCUUGAGAACUGGGUAUUAUGAGGAAGCAAGAACUGUUGCCCUAUCUUCCCGUUCUUCACACCAAUUUGCUCCUAUGCUCAUGGAGUGGAUUAACUCUGGAGGUAUGGUGCCUGCGGAUAUUGCAGCUGCUGCUUCAGAAGAAUGUGAGAAAAUGUUAAGAAUGGGUGAUCGAGUGGGUCGAGCUGCAUAUGAUAAGAAAAAGUUGCUGCUCUAUGCUAUAGUAUCUGGUUCCCGCAGGCAAAUUGACCGCCUGUUGAGAGAUCAUCCAACCCUUUUCAAUACUAUAGAGGAUUUCCUGUGGUUCAAAUUAUCAGCUGUACGAGAUUACCAUGGUGGGACCUCAUCUCUGGUCCUGAAUGAAAGUUUGGUGCCAUGCAGCUUGGAGGAUUUGCAGUCAUACUUGAAUAAAUUUGAGCCAUCAUAUUAUACAAAAAAUGGGAAAGACCCUCUCGUAUACCCUUAUGUGUUACUUUUAAGCGUCCAGAUGCUACCAGCUAUCUUAUAUUUGUCUAAGGAAGCUGCAGAUGAAGGAUAUGAUAUUGAUGCAGUCCAUGUAUCAAUUGCACUGGCUGACCAUGGGGUUUUAAUUGAAGGUGAUGGAACCGGGCAAAAACUUGGGGUAAUGGAUGCUUAUGCAGAGGUCUCUAGCAUAAUUAGACAGUAUGGGUCGGCAUAUUUACGGCAUGGAAAUCUCUCAGUGGCACUAGAAUAUUAUGCUCAAGCUGCAGCUACAGUAGGUGGUGGAGAAACAUCAUGGACUGGGAGAGGUAAUAUUGAUCAGCAGAAGCAGAGAAGCUUGAUGUUGAAGCAACUUCUCACCGAACUUUUGCUAAGGGAUGGUGGUAUUUAUCUUUUAUUGGGUCCAAGAGGUGCUGGAGAAGAAGGUGAAUUGGCGCGCUUUUUGACUGAUUUCAAAGCAAGACAGCAGUUUCUACUUGAAGCCGCUCGCAAGUGUCAAGAAGCUGGACUUGAUGAAAAGUCUAUAGAAAUUCAGAAGCGAGUUGGGGCAUUCUCUAUGGCUUUAGAUACAAUCAAUAAGUGCUUGUCUGAAGCAAUUUGUGCGCUAUCACGUGGUAGAUUGGAUGGUGAGAGCCGGACUGCUGGUCUCAUUAAUUCUGGCAACGAGAUUCUCGAGACAUUUAAGUAUUAUCCUGAUGUCUGGUCACUAAGUUUUCAAGAAAGAGACCAUGUCCUAGAGCAAGAAACUGUGUUGAGACAGCUUGAGGCGAUAUUAUCUGUUCACAAGUUGGCAAGACUAGGUCAUCAUCUUGAUGCUUUAAGGGAGCUUGCCAAACUUCCUUUUCUUCCAUUGGAUCCACGAGUGCCAAAUAUCACUGUUGAUGUGCUUCAGAAUUUAUCACCUCAUGUUCAGGCGUGUGUGCCAGACCUUUUGAAGGUUGCUCUAACAUGUUUGGAUAACGUGACAGAUUCUGAUGGGUCACUUCGUGCCAUGAGAGCGAAGAUUGCACAGUUCCUUGCAAAUAAUAUGAAUCGGAACUGGCCUCGUGAUUUGUAUGAGAAGGUUGCUCAAAGUUUAUGA